AUGGCUUGGGGACUUCCCACAUGGCUGGGAGGUACUUCUACUCCCUCGCAGCCGGAACCAGCUCGCCCGAAGUCUAAGGAUGGUGGCUUCGUCGCCCCUGACCGCCACGCUCGGGCACUAUGCUACGAAUCUCGAGACGUGUUCUUCGAUUGUCUAGACAGGAAUAACAUCUUGGACGCUAUCAAAGAGGACGAGAAGGCCAGAAAGGUGUGCCCGAAGGAGGUCGAACAGUACGAAAAGGACUGUGCUAAGAGUUGGAUCAAGUACUUUAAAGAGAAGAGAGUAAUGGAAAAUAAACGAGAUCAAUCGAUAGCUCAGAUUCAAAGAGAGGAUGAAAAAGCGGCUGCGAAGUCUAAAGCAGGCCGGCAAAAAGGUUCUUGGUUGGGAUGA